AUGUCAAUGAACAUUGCUAUUAAAGAUACUCGUCGGCCGCCGUCAACAAGCCACGUUAGCCGGUCAACAUCACCCAAAUCUCUCACACUAAAACCACUCCAGUUCGACUGCGCAACGAACAGAUGGCCUCUCCCGCCUAUUCAAUCCGUUAAUCAUUCAUUCUGGGAUCCGAUUCGUGAUGCUUUAAGGGAACAAGUGCGGAUAGAAAAGAUGGAAGAUACUGAGGACUGGAUAAAGCAGCUACCAAAUGCCACUGAAAUGUUGGAGCCGGAGACUGACGAAUUCAAUCAAUCUCUUGGUUAA